CCAUCUUCAAACAGCAAUCUCUACUCAGUCUCUUCAUACUCACUCCAUAACACAUAAUCUCAUAAAACAAGAUGGCAACCAACCAAGCCGCGUGGCUCACCAAGGCAGGCAAUGACCUCGAAGUCGGUGAUGCCCCCGUCCCUACGGCUGGCCCAGGCGAGAUUGUGGUUAAGAACGCCGCGGUGGCCAUCAACCCACUCGACACCCAUAUGCAGGACGUCGGCGUCUUUGUCCAGCAGUGGCCCACCAUCUUUGGCUGCGACGUCGCCGGUACAGUGCAUGAGACGGGUCCAGACGUCGAGCGGUUCAAGAAGGGGGACCGGGUUAUUGGUCACGCCAUCAAUCUGGUCACCGGGCGGCCUCAGGAUGGUGCCUAUGCUCUCUACACCGUCGUCCCCGCCAACAAGGCGGCUAUCCUGCCGGACGCUAUCUCCUUCACCGACGGAGUCGUCGCUCCCUUCGCGGUCGAGGCGGCCGUUUGCGUCCUCUCCCUGAAAGAGCCCGGUGUGGCCAUGCCCGGCGUCUCCACGCCGGCAUUAGCCCUGCCGUAUCCCUCUCUUGACGAUCCCGUCAAGCCGUUGGGCAAAGUCCUGGUCAUCUGGGGCGGCUCUUCGUCCGUUGGGUCCAUGACGACCCAGAUUGCCACCGCCGCUGGUAUUCAGGUUAUUGCCAUUUCUGGUGCUCACAACUUUGAGUUAAGCAAGCGCUGUGGCGCUACCGAAGUCUUUGAUCACAAGGAUCCCGAGGUCGUUGACAAGGUUGUUGCUGCCGUGCAGAAAUCCGGCCAGGAGUUUGUGGGAAUCUUUGACGCCGUCGCUACACCUGACACCUACACCAGCGAUCUGGUCAUCCUCGAGAAACUUGGAGGAGGCCAUCUGGCUGCGGUUCAUCCUCCGCCCGCAGAAGUCCCGAGCAACGUCAAGGCCGGCAUGAUCUUCGCGGUCAACGAUAUUGCAACCCCGGUAUGGAAUGACUUUGUCACCCCUGCUCUCGAGAGCGGGAAGAUCCAGUGCUUGCCUCCGCCAACAAUCGUCGGGAAGGGUCUUGAGGCGAUCAACGAAGGGUUGAAGAGGUGCAAGGCGGGCGUGAGCGCGACCAAGCUGGUUGUGGAGUUGUAA